AUGCCUGUAGCCCCAGGCUUACUUCAGCCAGUUUCCAACUUGAACUUCUGCGAAGUCAAGGUCUAUCUUGCACACCAAGGAGCCGACGACAAAGUUUUGGUCCAGACUUGGCUACCCCUUUCACAAGAUACCUGGAACGAGCGUUUUCAAGCUACAGGUGGCGGUGCUUGGGCUACAGGAAUGCUCGACAUCGCACUCGGCCCAGCAAUUGCUGGCGGCUAUGCAGCAUCAUCUACCGAUGGAGGGCAUUCAGUCGACUUCUUGGCUGCUGAUUGGAUGCUGAAUGAGGAAAAGGGUAUAGACUGGAACUUGGUGAACAAUUUUGCAACAAGAAGUUUAGCAGAGCAGGUGUAUGUUGGAAAAAGUCUUGUAGAGCAAUUCUACGGCCGACCACCCCGCUACUCGUACUGGAACGGGUGCUCACAAGGCGGUCGACAAGGCUUUGCUGUUGCCCAGAGAUAUCCGGGAUUACUUGACGGAGUUCUAGCUGCUGCGCCCGCCCUUAAGUUGCUAGACGUAGUUUUGUCAGGGAUCUGGCCAAUUGUUGUGAUGCAAGAGGCAGGUACGCUGGUAAGCAAUUGCGAGUUUGACUGGUUAGCAUCGAAAGCUUUGGAGGUAUGCGACAUAUUGGACGGCGCUAAGGACGGAAUCAUCGGAGACCCAGAAGAUUGUUUAUUUGACCCGAAGAGUUAUAUUGGGCAAAGGAUAGAAUGUUCUGGAUACAAAGUCGAGGUUACAGACGCUAUGUCUGAUGUGUUUCGCCGGAUUCACGAGGGUCCCACCACGACAUUCGGCAUAAAUAUUUUCCCCGGACUUCCUUAUGGGACACCCUUCAACGUUUUUUUGAACAUCACGAUCGACUCUUACGGCCUUCGCACUCUAAAUGAUCCAGCAGUGCUUGACGUAUUUCCCCGAGCUAUUCUCCUCAAGGACCCUAUGUUCAACGUCUCGAAGCUGACUACCUCUGAGUUUUUCGCGUUGUGGGUACAGGCGAAUGAGGAGUUUGGCUGGAUUCUGGACGCUGAUAAUCCAGAUCUUUCCUCCUUUCGCGACACUGGUGCGAAGCUGCUGUGUUGGCACGGCAUUAACGAUCCCAUAAUACCUUAUCAGAACACGGUCAAGUACCGCCAGCGCGUUGAGAGAGAAAUGGGAGGUGGAAAAGCAGUCGACAAUUAUUUUCGAUUGUUUCUUGCCCCAGGUGUCGGACAUUGUGGACUUGGUGUGGGCCCAGUGCCGAUCGAUCCUCUGGAAAGCUUGCGGGAUUGGGUAGAGAAGGGAGAGCCACCAGAGACGCUCACGUCGGAGACCAGAAAUCAAGAGGGCGAAUUGGUGACGAGAGAACUUUGUCGGUUCCCGGAAAAGCCGAGAUACCUGGCUACUGGAGGUAUCAACGAAGCAAGCAGCUGGGAUUGUAAGAGUGGUCUAGCGGACGGCUAUCAUUAUUCUGCAACAGAUUAG